AUGCCCACCAUAUCUUACACGCCCACGGAUAUAACCAUCCCUCAAUCGAUUUACGAUAAGGUCCCCAAUCUCGAAGAAUACAAGAACCUCAAGGAAGCGGAGCGCAAGAUUGAUCUUUUGAUAGCUAGAAAAGCGCUAGAUUUCCAGGCAAUACAGCAAAAGACGAUACAUCCGUUUGAGUACAGGUCAAGCACGGGACUAUUGAGGGUGUUUGUUUACAAUACAUGCGAGAACCAACCAUGGCAGAAACAGCAGCAAGAACAACAACAACAACAGGCAGCGUCAGAUCCCACUGCAGACUCAACGUGGACACUCAGGGUGGAAGGGAAGUUCAUCAGUGACAACAAAACAGAAGCCAUCGACACCCACAAUUUGAAAUUCAGCUCUUUCCUAUCGGCAAUCUCAGUGGACUUGCUCCCCAAUGAGCACUAUCCACACUUGAAAGACUCGCCCGCCAACAUCAUCGAGUGGAGAGACGAUGGCUCAAAUAACCUACAGAGGAACCCCGCCACCGAGGUCAACUUUGACGGAUUGGACGUGAAGAGAAACGGGAUCUUCAAUUUGAAGUGCAAGAUUGCCCUCUUGGUGAAGAGCUACUCCAACAAAUUGCGAGUCUCGGACGAAAUGGCCCAGUUUAUCGGCAAGACAGAGUGCACGCAACAGGAAGUCAUGUAUACCAUCUGGAGCUAUGUCUUGUGGAAUAAGCUCUUCAAAGUCAACGACCUGUAUAUGCACGUUCCCGCUGUUGAAAACGCCACUAUCAACCCCAUGAGUGACAAAUCUGGCGGCGCCAGCGGUGGCGAAGCCGGCGGUGUCAAUGACGAUUUAACGCUCACGACAGCCGAUGAUGCCCUUUACGAUCUCCUCAAGGUCCGAGAGUUUACAUUUAAGGACUUGUACAGGUUGAUUCAGCCACAUUUCAGGCCCAGAGAACCCGUGAUUAUCGACUACGAAAUCGACACUAGAAAAUCGACAACGUUGGGCGGAUUGAUCAUAGACAUACCAGUUGAGUUACCCGUUAAUCUUUCCCAGGCUCAAAAGGAGUUGUUGGACUUGAACAAGAAUGCCUUUGACAACUUGGCGCAUCACGAUGCGGCUAUUGAGAAAUUGAACCUGAAAUUGUCGUUGGCUAUCAUUGCCUUGAGAAAUGCAAACUCGCGCGAAAUCUUUUUUGAAGAUUUGAGCAAGGACCCCGUGGGGUUCGUGGAGAAAUGGUUGGCAACUCAAUCUGAAACGUUGAAAGCUUUAAAAAGCGAUGACGGCUACGACGAGGAGACGGUGAGAAGAGCUCAAUAUUUUGUAGACAACGAGGACUUGAUAAGGGAAAAGAUUGACCUCUUGUUUGGAGCUGGCAAGUUUUAG